UCGCCCAGUCAGAGCGAGUCAGAGUUUCAAGUCCCUGUCUCUGGACAGUCUGAUAAAAAAAACGACGACAGCCACUGAAAAUAAUCGUAACAACCAAUCGUGUAAGAACUAAAAUGCAAUGGCGAGGAAUGGGUUAUUUUGAUGUGAUGUGAGUGUAAAAAAAAACAAAGUGGCAGAUGUUGUAAAGCAGUAGUAGGGACGUACAUCUUGAGCGCACAUUUAUUAUUUUUAAUUUAAAUAUUCAGGACCCAGUAGCAGUACCAGUACCUACAUCACAUUCACAAGUCAGUACAGUACCGAGCAUGUAAUUAAAUAGUGAUAUCUGGUGUUAACUCGUCUAGACAAAGGAUAUGUCCUGGUGUCGUGUGUCGUCUUGCAAUAUAUCGAGGUCAUAGUUGAACAAUAAUCGGAAAGUAUAUCGUAUAUAUAUAAAGAUAAAAAAACAAGUCGGGGCGACUUUCGCUCAGAGGGUAGCUUGCAGUAUGCGUAGGGUUUGUGACAUCGGAUUAUUAUGGCUGCGGGUGAGGCUGCCACAACGAAGCCUCGUCAAGAGAAACAAUACGACUACCUUUUAAAGUUCCUUCUGGUUGGAGACAGUGACGUUGGGAAACAAGAAAUACUCAGCGGUCUCGAGGACGGCGCUUCCGAGUCUCCUUUCUGCGGUGGUAUAUACACAUACACAUCAUACAAAACCACAACCAUUCUUCUUGAUGGAAAAAGAGUUAAGUUGCAGCUAUGGGAUACCUCGGGACAAGGUAGAUUUUGUACGAUAAUUCGGUCAUAUUCACGAGGUGCCCAAGGAAUACUUUUAGUCUACGACAUUACGAAUAAGUGGUCGUUUGAUGGAAUUGACCGAUGGUUAAAAGAAGUCGAAGAGCAUGCUCCAGGUGUACCAAAGGUAUUGGUCGGGAAUCGACUUCACCUGGCAUUCAAGAGACAGGUAGCAGAACGCGAGGCCGAAGUAUAUGCGGCUAAAAAUCAUAUGGCAUUUUUUGAAGUAUCGCCUCUGUGUGAUUUCAAUAUAAGAGAAAGUUUUUCGGAGUUGUCUCGUAUGGCAUUACACCGUAAUGGCAUGGAAAGACUCUGGAGAUCCAACAAAGUUCUCACUUUACAAGAGCUAGCAUGUCGUGCAAUAGUCGCCAGAACAACAGUCUACGAGAUAGACCAAUUGCCUUUACCCAAGUCCAUUAAGUCUCACUUAAAGUCCUAUGCAAUGACGACGACAUCGCAAUUACGGUGUAAUAGAUCGCAAAAUUCAAGUAAAAGCCUUGGAUCUCAUCAUCGAAAGUUGCGGUUCGUCGGAGCGGGUCACAAUGGACUGACAACACCGGGCAAUUCACCUGGCAGCAUUACUGACUCGCGUUCUAGUUGCGCUGGUCGUAAUUCUUGCGCAAUAUCCUGAGGGUAAAAUUUAGCCGACAUUCGGUUUUAAAAUAAUAAUAAUAAUACAUCAGCAAACGUUUUGUACAUUUGCACUUUACAUUACGCGACAAAAAAAUAUAAUUAUAAUAAUAAUGAUAAUAUCUAAAAAAGGAAACGAGAAAUAAAAUAUGUGAUGCGCAGACAUUUCACAAUGUGUUGUAUUGCGUUAUGAUAAAUAGCAAACGGAUAUUUGAUCUUGAAUUAAUAAGCCGAUUUAUUUAAAUAUGUAAUUAAAAUUUUAAAACAUUUUUAUAAAUAAUUAACGCUACUAAUUCAAGUGUCAAAAUAAUUAUCGAAUUCUGUGAGGAUGCAGCGUUAAACUGUAAAAAAAAAUUUGAGUGAAUUCAUUCCGUCACUCGGAGUUCCAGAGUUUAAAAAAAAAUUACUCUGCAUACUGAGUAAAUAAAAUCCUGAGCUCCGCAAUGACUUCACUAAUUUUUUACAGUAUAAUUGCUCACUCAGUUACAAAAAAAAAACCAGGCAAUAAAUGAAUUUAAAUAACAAUAGAUUUAAAAAAAUACGUAAAAAUAUACAAUGAAAUUACAGGUACUUAUAUUCUUAACUUUUUCUUCUCGGCAGUUAUUAAUAGAUGAAUUACGUCAUACUAAUUACAUACAGAUGCUUUUGCAUCGGAGUUAAUAAAAUAAAAAUGAAGUGUGAUGUAAUUAAGAUAAAUUAUUAAGAUGAUUCGUCCGUUUUUAUCAAGCUAUAUAUGUACAACCGGAAAUAGUACGAUUUAUUAUUUAUAAACUGAUAGUAAAUACUAAUUAUUAUUAUUAUAUGUACAUAUUUAUAUAUUACUAUUGCAUAUAUAUUUUAAAUGUUAAAGUUUUUGAAUUUGUUGAUUAAAAAUAUUAAAAAUAAUUAGAGAGCAACAAGGCACUGCGUACUAACGCGAAAUACUUUUAUGUAUUUAAUGCAAUUCUCUACUGACUAGUCUUGAAUUAUUUGAAUAAUUAAAAUCGAAAUUAAUAUUAUUGUAAUUAUCCAAAGUAUGAGUAUGUAUAGUAAUUAUUUAAAUUAACGUUAUUUAAUUAUUUCGAGGUACGCGAAUUUAAAAUUAGGAAGAAAAUUUUUUACAAUCAGUAACUUUGUAAAACUAAUGAGUGCAGCAGACAUCAGACAAAUUUAAAAUUACAAAUAAACCAAGUAAAUAAUUUUAAAAAAAUAUUUUUAAAAAAUGCACUUAUUAAUUUUUAAAUUUUUUAAGCGCGCAUUUUUUCAAAUUUUAUUUUACUAAUUAUUUACUCUAUUUAUUAAUAAUUUAAAUUCGUCUGACGUCUGUUACAUUGACACUUAUUAGAACUAAAUCAUAAAUUAUUGGAUAAAAAAAAACUUAAUUUUUUAUACAGUAAUUAUCAUAAUAAUUGAAAUAAUAAAUAGAUCACUUUCAAGUAAACAGUAACCGAAUAAAAAAAAAUAAGCGGCUAGAACUUAGACACCGUCCUUUGUAUUGAAUUAAAAUAUUUUUGUUCGUCGAGAAAAUCAACCAGUUCAUUGUACAUAAAGUUGUAAAUUAAUAUCCGGUUACAAUUUGUUAUGAAAUUUAAAAAAAUAUUUUUUUGUGAUCAACAAGUGCAUUUUCAAAGCAUGAGUAUGUAAUUUUAUAUCUUUAUUAUCACUGAAAAUGUUACUAAAAUGUGAUAAUGAGUAAUAGUUUACUGUAAAGAAUAAAAUAACUUUCACUUUGUCACUUUCUACGCAAUCCCCAAAUAAUAGCCUACAGAAGAAAUAGUAAACUUUUCUUCAAUGGACACAAAUCAAUCUCAGAGUACGAUUGUGCCAUGAAAACUCUAUUCCGUCUUUACAAAAAUAAAUAGAAAGAGAGAGAGAUAAUUUUUGAUUAUAAGGUCAGAAAUUAAAGCUCCGGCAAUUAAAUAUCACGAUACUGAUUGUCGAAAUUUAUUUUUUAAAUAUUUAUUAUUGACGUAAACUAAAUAAUAAAACGUAUAGAUUAAAGAAAGUACGGUAGAGAUUUGUGUGUUACACGUGAGGACUGAUAACUAGCAAUAUGUUAUUUGUAGAUUCAUUUGGGUAUGUAAAUAUUAUCGAUGCCGUUAACGUUUUGACAUUCCGUACAUGUAAAAAUAAUUUUUAAAAAAAUAUAAUUACUAGCUCGCGCAAGUGUGUACAAGAUAGAAUUAAAUUGAGAAGAGGAAACAUAAUACGGUAUUUACCGAACAUAUUUUUGUACAUCAUGUAUAAAGUAUGUUACGAAAUUUUAAACUUAUCAUUGAAAUAAAUUUUUCUCCGCACAUUUAUUUGUCUAGUGAUCUGUUGUAUUUAAGAGUGGGGAGUAGUAACCGAAUUUUUUAAUUUUACGUGAUGAAAAUCUUGGGAAAAAUUUUGUCACGUUUUUUUGGAAGCCAUAAAUUUUUGUAAUAAAAAUUAAUUAAUAAAUUAAAAAAAAAAUGAAAUUCAAAAAUUCGGUUUUACGACCCAGCCUCAAGGGCAUUCUCAGACAAUCCCCCACUUUUUAAAAAUAUUCAAUGAACUAACUGUCAUCGUAUUUAAAUUUUAUCAGUUGAUUGAGAAAGUCCGCCAAGAUCUAAAUUUUAAAAAAUUACUUACACUUGUUAUCAAAUAGAAGUCACGAAAUUUCAUUAAAUCUUCAUGUCAAUAUUAAAAUUCGAUGUCAAAUUUUUUAGACUAAAAUUUAUUUACCAAAUUUCGUUUGACUCCUAAUUGAUAACUAAUUUUUUUGAAUUAAUUAACAAAAUUUGAAUACGGUCAUGAUAAUUAGUCAUUGAAAUUUUUAAAAAGUGGGGGGAGGGGGCACUGUAAGAAUGUCCUUAAUAAUAAAAAAAAUCCAAGCUAUGGUCAGGUCGGGUCAACGGACUCAUAUUUUAAUCAUACUCACUGUCAUAAAAAUAUAUAUUUAAUUAAAAAUAAUAAAACAAAACAAGUGUUACUAUGUAUUGCAUACAUCAUGUUACUUAGACCAAAUCAAUGAAAAAAAAAAUUUGUAUGAUAUAAUAAUAUUAUACAUGUACUAUUUAUUUAUCUUUAAUAAUUAUAUAUUAUUGCUACUUCUUAUAAAAUAAAUAAAAAUAAAAUAACAUUAAAA